AUGUCGAAAGAUUUGAAUUCUUCGUCACGCAUCAAAAUCAUCAAGCCUAAGGACUCUUACAUAAAGGGAAAUCAGGAAGUAGAUUUAACAAAGUAUGCGCUAGAGAAUGGUAAUAUUAUCUCAACAAAGGAUCGCCCCAUACCUUCUGUACCUGCCAUUAGGGGGAAGAUACCUAGUAAUGAGGAAGUGUUUCACGCCAAAACAGGAUUACCGAAUCACUCCUUUUUAAGAGAGCAUUUCGUUCAUGAAGGUCGACUUUCUAAAGAGCAAGCUAUAAAAAUUCUAAAUAUGUCGACUGUAGCAUUUGAGAAAGAACCCAAUUUACUGAAACUGAAAGCCCCAAUCACGAUUUGUGGUGAUAUUCACGGCCAGUAUUACGAUCUACUGAAACUUUUUGAAAUAGGCGGUGAUCCUGCCAAUAUUGAUUAUUUAUUCUUAGGGGACUACGUUGACAGAGGUGCGUUCUCUUUUGAAUGUUUGAUUUAUUUAUAUGCCUUGAAGUUGAAUCAUUUGGGGAGAUUUUGGAUGCUCAGAGGUAACCAUGAAUGCAGGCAUUUGACGUCAUAUUUUACUUUCAAAAAUGAGAUGCUACAUAAAUAUGAUAUGGAAGUUUACGAUGCAUGCUGCAGAUCAUUCAAUACCUUGCCGUUGGCAGCAUUAAUGAAUGGGCAGUAUUUUUGUGUACACGGUGGUAUAUCUCCAGAGUUGAAGUCGGUGGAGGAUGUCAAUAAAGUCAAUAGAUUUAGAGAAAUUCCGUCUCGCGGUCUUAUGUGUGACUUACUAUGGGCAGAUCCUGUUGAAGAAUAUGAUGACGCAAGGGAUGGUAGUGAAUUCGAUCCAAGUGAGGAUGAUUUUGUGCCCAACAGUUUAAGGGGCUGUUCCUUUGCCUUCACUUUCAAGGCAUCCUGCAAUUUUUUGAAAGCAAAUGGACUACUAUCUAUUAUUAGAGCUCAUGAAGCGCAAGAUGCAGGGUAUAGGAUGUACAAAAACAACAAGGUGACAGGAUUUCCAAGUUUGAUAACCAUGUUUAGUGCUCCAAACUAUUUAGAUACCUAUCAUAACAAAGCCGCUGUAUUGAAAUAUGAAGAAAACGUCAUGAAUAUCAGACAGUUUCACAUGUCUCCGCACCCCUAUUGGUUGCCUGAUUUCAUGGAUGUUUUCACCUGGUCACUGCCUUUUGUUGGCGAAAAGGUUACUAACAUGUUAGUAUCUAUACUGAACAUAUGUAGCGAGGAGGAGCUUGACCCAGAAUCAGAAGUGCAGGCUGUGGGUACUGGUACAAAAACUGAUUCAGACAGCACAAAGGCAACUAGCGCCGAAACUGCUGGAAAGACGUCAUCUGCAAUACUAGAAGAUGAGAGCAGAAGGAAAGCCUUGAGAAAUAAGAUAUUGGCCAUUGCUAAAGUGUCGAGAAUGUUUUCUGUGCUAAGGGAAGAAAGUGAUAAAGUUGAAUAUUUGAAAACCAUGAAUGCCGGUAUUUUACCCCGUGGUGCUUUAUCUCGUGGGUCUGAAGGCCUGAAUGAAACACUAAGCACUUUUGAAAAGGCAAGAAAGGAGGACCUUAUUAAUGAAAAACUACCACCUUCUUUAUCAGAUGUUGAACAAGAGAAGAUCAAGUAUUAUGAAAAAAUAUUAAAAAGGGCGGAAGGAAAAUGA